AUGCACGAGAUCGCGCGCGGGUUCCCAUCUUCGUUAAGGGGUGGUGGAUAUAAAACCCAAAAAAACCCGAAAUCUAAACCCAAAUUACCUAGAUUCGACCCCGACCCCAAAAUAUCCGAAUCUGGAUACCCGAUCUCUAUUUCAGAUAGUGAGUUCAAGAACCCAAUUUCAGUUCAGAUAAUUCAGCUCUUCGAGGGCAUCGGCCUUGGCGGGUGCAUCGUUCAGGCCAAGUUUCGCCUCAGGUCAAUGGUAGCGAUGGCACUCUUCUUCUCGCUGACGACCCCGAUCGGCGUCGCCAUGGGCAUCGCCAUAUCGUCCGCGUACGACGAGACGAGCCCGACGGCCCUGGUCGUGCAGGGCUUCCUUGAGGCCGCCGCCGCGGGGAUCCUGGUGUACAUGGCGCUCGUCGACAUCCUCGCCGAGGACUUCUUGAGCGCCCGGGUGCAGAGCAGAGCGCGCCUGCAGGUCGCGCUCAACACCUCGCUGCUGCUCGGAGCUGGCUUGAUGUCCAUGCUCGCCAUCUGGGCUUGA